UGACAUCAGUGGCGGCGGGAUAUUUAAAUUUAUUGUGAUACCUAUUUAAUUAGUUUAAAUAAGAUUAAAGUUAAGUAAAAAUUAAAUAACAACGUUACCAGCACCGCUUUCUUUUGCAAAUGGGUGAAAAAAAACAUGGAAGAGUUUUUCACAAGCAAGCUCAACACUGCCGUUGAUCGUUUUUUGUUAACAAAAGAAAAUCUGGAAAACUAAAUGUCUUUUUCGGUUGUGUAAGGAUCACACAAAAAAGUAUAAAACAUGGAUGAGGAGGACUGCGUAGGUUGCAUCAGUUGCAUGAGCACAAACGAUUUAUGCGACCUAUUUGCUGUUUACGCUGAAAAUGAGGAAACUUACGCGAAAAUGUUUGAAACCUGCUUCGACAUAAAGGUGACAACAGACUUUAAAUACUUAUGUGCCAUAUGUGUAGAAAAUUUGGAGAAAGCUGCUGCAUUCAAGGAGCAGACUACAAAAAACAUGUCUGUUCUUCAGAAUUUAAAAGACGAAGAAUAUUUAGAUGAAGCAAUGUUGGAGGAAGCAGACGUGGGUUCAGACAAUUCUAAGAGUAAAGGGUCGAGGAAGAACAAUCAAGGGCAUGAUGACGACGAUGACUUAUAUGACGACAUUGAUGACGAACACGCCAUCCAAGCCUUGGACGAAACCACUUGCUUAUACUGCUCGCUGCAGUUGCCCACUGCUGAGAUGGUGGCCACUCACAUAAGGAGCGCUCACGAGCUGUCCCCUCGCACGGGGAGACGGCUGCGGGAGUGCGCCGUCUGCGGACUGACCAUGCCCGACCCGGCACAACAUAUGGAUAGAUGCCACAGUGUCAAGUCUGAGAUCGAAGGCAAGAAGUACCCGUGCCACUUCUGCGAUAAAAUUUACAACAGUAAGAAGGCAUGCUUCACCCACCUGAGGAUGAAACAUGGCCUGAAACUGUGCACGGACCAGACUCCCAAGUAUGUUCCUAGGGAGCGCAAGAAAUGCCAUAUGUGCAACCGAGAUUUCAGUCAGAAGCAAAUAUUGAACAAACACCUAUGGAAAGCGCAUGGGUUCGAGGUAGAGAAGCGUAAAGCGUUCAUCUGUCCUCUAUGCGACGAGCGCGUGAGCUACGGAUCUCAUUUCAGCGCGCAUUUACUCCACGCUCACCGAGUGUACGAACAAGUGGAGGAACUGGAGUUCUUCAAUAUCGAUGAUUUCAUGUUAUUCAAGAGCGCCAUACAAGAAGAGACUAAAUUCAGGUUUAGGAAGACCACGGCCAGCAAACAGACGAUAGAAGGUGUACGGUCGCAUUACAUGUGCAGCCAAUCGGGGGUAUACGUUUACCAGGGUAAAGGCAAGCGUCCGGCGCCCGAACGACAAAUAUACAAGACUGGCAAAGCUUGCCCCGCCCACAUGAUUGUCACAGAGACCAUGGAUAGGGUGCUGGUUACAUUCUACAAGACGCACGUAGGCCAUGGCCCUUGUCCAUACUUCGAGCCUCGCGAACCAAAGAAGCUUAAAACGGAACGGGUGUCGCCUGACGAAGAGCCAGAGAUGAAAACUGAAGACGAGAUAAAACAUGAUGAUGACGCCAAUUAUGGUGAAGGGUCUUGGAUGUGCGACACGUGCGGUGUAGGAUUCGUUGACGAGUGCAAGUUCAGAGAGCACGUCGCCGCUCACAAUCUGAAUCUGUUCCCGUGCCAGUAUUGCGAUGAAGACUUUCAAGAUUUAGAAGCUUGGACCCACCACGUGCGAAUGGAGCACAACAUGGCCAGUCUGUUUUAGUAAAAUAUACCUUAGUGUUAAAGUAAUACAUAUAAAGGGUGUUACAAAAAUACAAUUAAAGCUUGAAGGGCGUUGAAGUA